GCAUCAAGGUGGAUGUCGGACUGUAUGGCCAAUCACGAAGAGUGCGAAGAGCCGAUCAGAACACAACUGCCAAAACGGAUCAUCGAUCUCGGCCAGAACCACGACAACAAUGAAAUGAAGUUAGUGGAAACUUCGAGGAGCACAUCGACUUAUGCGGCCCUUAGCCAUUGUUGGGGAAAGCAUUGCCCUUUAAGCACCACGACGUCUAGCCUGUCUCUUCGAAAGCAAAAGCUGGAGUGGAUAUCACUGCCAUCAACAUUUAAAGACGCAGUUACCGUCACUCGUAGGCUAGGACUGCGCUAUCUCUGGAUUGAUUCGCUUUGUAUUAUCCAAGACGAUAAUGUCGACUGGCAAACUGAAUCGGCUAAAAUGGGAGCUUACUAUCGCAAUGCACAUAUUGUCAUUGCGGCUAGCAGCUCCCCGGAUCCAACCUAUUCUUUCCUUGGGCCCCGCCAGACAGCAGUUCCACAUCCUUUCAAGUUGGACAUCCAGCAUGACGAUGGUUCCAUCUGCAAGAUCAGAGCAAGGCCAGUUGUAAAGACUGGUCUCUCGUUAGAUCCACUCGACAAACGCGCUUGGACUUUCCAAGAACAGUACCUUGCGAUACGGCUACUCCGUUUCACGGGCUCCGAGCUUGUCUGGAACUGUCGCACCAGGGCGAGCUGUGAGUGCAGGUCUAGGCAUUUAUCAACACCUGGUGACGCCAUCAAUAUGAUGGCAUUGGGAAGAUAUUGCACAUCAAUCACGAACGCCUAUCCUGCCCAGAAAUUAUUUACGAUGUGGCAAGGAAUGAUCUAUUCUUAUACUAGGAGGCAACUGACAAAACGGUCGGACAAGUUGCCUGCGAUAUCGGGUAUAGCCGCACUUGUGCAACAGAGAACUGGUUCAUCCUACAUCGCGGGCCUCUGGAAGGACAAUAUCGUUCACGACCUCCGGUGGAAUACAGCGCCGUCAAUGAUCUCUUUUCCCAACUUCUCCACCGACGUCCCGGCAAACCACGAUAUAACUAAGUUGUUCGAUUUUCCCCAGCUUCGAACGUC